UGCCACAGCUACUGGCGGGGCAGCUACCGCGUCCCAUUCCCGCAAGAAACGCAAUCAAGUUUCAGUGAACCACAAGCAUUUCACCCGACUCGACUGCGUUGGCCGGGGAGGAAGCUCUCGUGUCUAUCGUGUAAUGGCUGAAAACUACAAGAUCUUUGCCCUGAAGAGAGUUAAUCUCGAAGAUGUUGAUCCUCUGACGUUGGCUGGUUACAAAGGCGAGAUCGAUCUGCUCAAAAAGCUUGAGAACCUGGACCGUGUCGUACGCCUCUUUGACUGGGAGUUGAAUUCGGACAAGCACACUCUGAGUGUACUGAUGGAGAUUGGUGAAUCCGACCUCGAGAAAGUGCUUAGCUACCGACUGAACGCGGAAGAUGCCCGGUUCGAUAUCAAUUUUACCCGGUACUACUGGAAGGAGAUGCUCGAAUGCGUACAAGCAGUACAUGACUACAAUGUCGUGCACUCGGAUCUGAAGCCCGCCAACUUUUUGCUUGUUCAGGGCAGAUUGAAGCUCAUCGACUUUGGUAUUGCGAACGCAAUCCAGGACAACACCGUCAACGUGCAUCGUGAACAGCAAGUUGGGACGCCAAAUUACAUGUCCCCCGAAGCUCUGAUUGACUCCAAUGCCUCCCUCGGCUUGCCGGCAAGCGUGGGGAAAAUGAUGAAGCUGGGUAAACCCAGUGAUGUUUGGAGUCUUGGAUGCAUCCUGUACAAAAUGGUCUACGGCCACCCCCCGUUUGCCAAGAUCGCCAAAUACUACGAACGGAUCAUGGCUAUUCCCAACCCCAAUGUGAAAAUCGAGUUCCCUUCCUUUGCGAUCGGGGGCGUUCCUGUACCCCCGGGUCUUAUUCGGACAUUGAAAGGGUGCCUCCAAAGAGACCAGACCCUGCGCCCGACCGUCGAAGAGCUCCUCAGCCAGCGCGAUCCCUUCCUGUACCCAGAUGCGCAGCUCGAGGCCGCCGUCCCCGUCACGCAAGAUAUGCUGAAUCGCAUCUUGGUCAACGUGGUCAACCACUGCCGCGUCCGCGGCAUACCCAAGGACGAAGAGCUCGCCGCCUGGCCGGCCGGCUUCUUUGCCAAGAUCAAAUCAGCCCUGGAAGAGGGUCCUUGAUCGCAAUCCAUGCUCACCCCACAUAAUUUCCCUAUGUUUUUGAUUUAGCCUCCUUCUUGGUAAACAUUACCAUCACUUUGAUAUCCUGAUCGAUCCCGGCGUUACCCAUUUUUACCAUCUUCCCUUCUUGUCCUCCCUCUUACCCGCCACCUAUAUUGGAUAGCAACGAACUUCUGGGCGCAAAGCUCGAAGUGACUCACCAUUUCCUUUACCUUGUCAUUCUGUGUGUCUCGCGCUUCAGCCCUAUUUGAUUUAGUUUUUUUUUUUCUUGAGGACAAGGGGCUUUGUUUGGUUGCAUGCAUUUGAGAAAGCUACGGCAAAUGACCCCGCAGCAAAAACACAGCAUGGUGUAUCUGGAGUUUCUCGCGUGAAUGUG